UCCCCUGCUCCACUCCUGAGAAACAAUCCACCAAAUUCAACAGUGUUCCCAGAUGCUGAUGAUUUCAAGAAUCAAACGGGUUCUCCAAAAUUCCCUUUUCUGCCACCACCACCCCUUCAAAAGCCCAUCUUUUCUCCUGAAAACACCAGUAAAAAAUCCUCGGUUUUUGGCUGCUAAACCCACAACCUAGUCAUCAGCAUUGCCAGAUAUGAAGCUUGAAAUCAGAAGCUACUUCUGCUGCUGCUUAUUCUUCUUCUGGUGAAAUUCACGUGAUCGUGAGACCCAUCUUUGCCGGAAAAACUUCCACUCUUCUCAGGAGGAUUAGACCGAGAGUAGUAUAUGGAAGGCUGAUGCUAGAGAGAUUACCCUUCAGUUGGAUGAGACUUUGAAGGAUUACUGUUUUCAGGAACGGUAGUGGAGGCUGUUCAGAUAUUAUGCCAGGCAGGGGUUCAAGUAGAAUCAGAAAUCUUAAUCUAGCCCACACUCUUUUUUUCAAUAAGUUGCAAAUGAAAAGCUUGGUCUCAUGGAAUUUGAUGAUUAUAGGUUAUGUGCAGAAAGGUUUGUAAGAGGUGGGCUUGAGCAUGUUCCAUAAGCUGAGAAAAAAUGGUUUGAUACCAGACCAUUAUACCUUUGGAUCAAUCCUUAGGGCUCAUGCUUCUUUAGCAAUCCUGGAACAGGGCAGGCAAGCCCAUGCUCUGUGGAUCAAGUGCCAAAUUUGUGGAAACCUUGUAGUUAAUAGUGCUCUCAUGGAUAUGUAUUUCAAGUGCAGUAGGCUCUCUGUAGGGGAUCUUGUAUUUGAGAAGUUUCUAGAUAGAAAUGUUGUUACCUGGUCUGCUUUGAUAUCUGGAUAUGGACAACAUGGAAGAGUGGUAGAGGUUAUAGAAUCCUUGCAUAGGAUGUUAGAUGAAGGUUUUAGUCCCAACCAUGUUACAUUUCUUGCUGUUCUUGCUGCUUGUAACCAUGGAGGUUUGGUGAACAGAGGCUGGGAGUACUUUACCUCAAUGACUAGAGAUUGCAGAUUUCAGCCAAAGGGAAAUUGAUCUGUUAGGGCCUGCUGGUAGGUUAGUGGAUGCUUAUGAGUUCACCUUGUAAGGAGCACCCUUUUGUAUGGGGUGCUUUACUUGGGGCUUGUAAGAUUCAUGGAAAUAUGGACUUGGCAAAGCUUGCAGUGAAGAACUUCUUUGAGUUGGAAUCCAAAAGUGCUGGAAAAUAUGUUGUCUUAUCAAAUGCUUAUGCUUCUUUUGGUUUGUGGGAUAAUGUAGCCGAGCUUAGGAGUGUGAUGAAUGAAUCUGAGAUGAAGAAGGAGCCUGGUCAUAGCAUGAUUGAAAUUCAAAGGGAGGCUCACUUUUUCUUUAUGGAGCAUAACACUCAUGAGAAAACUGAGGAGUUAUCAGUUAAAUGAAGAUCUGACUUGUGUCCUGAAAGAUAUGGGGUAUAUUCCUCAUGCCAAGUAAUUAGUUGACAGGAUUAAGUUUGAGCUAUGCCAUCAUAUAUGCAGCUAAUGCUGUAGAUUGGGUUGCUGCUUUUUAGGAGGGGGGAACUUCUGAAAGCUUUAAAUUCUUGGACUCUACUUCAUCCUCAGUGUCAUGCAUACUAAUUUUUUUAUAAUUAGAGAAGGAGAUAAACAUUUCUAUGGUCAUUAUAUUUCCUCUAAUGGUUAGGAAAAGACCUAUAUGUGAAAUAUGUAGGAAAGAUUCAGAAGGGUCUUUGCCAUUACAUCAUAUUGAGGACCUUUUGGAUAUUGAUAAAUAUUCAGAUCAUAUUCAGGUGGUGCUGGAAGUUAUUCAGGAGUCGAGCUUCACGGUGGAUGUCUGAACUUUUUAUGCAGAGGUUUAUGGAUUGAAUGUAUCGGAGUUAGUAGAAACUGGCACUUGGUAAAUCAUGUCGCUUGAGAUGCCAUUUCUUCCAUUCGAGUUCUUUAUGUGCUUUUUGUGUUCUGAGUGCUUAAGGCUUCGUAGCAAAUUAGACAAUUUGAUCUUAUGGAAACUUUUAGUUACCAUUUCUAUGGUCAAUUAUUGGGUGAAUUCAACAUAUGUAACUCCAGUUCUAACUGUUUAAUCAGUUGAAGACUAUUUUCUGGUGUCUUAACAUUCUAAAGUUCUAGAAUCCUUCUACAACCAAUGUAUCAUACACGGUUUGUUAAACAGAUUCUUUAUUGCCUGAGAUACUGAUUUAAGUUGACUGUCUUAUUAUCUUCAAUUUAUAGCGCAUGCUGGAACAAUAUGAAGAGAAAAUCGACAUGUUCUGUUGGCCUUUUGCAUAAAGAAAUAAGAAAAUUCCUUACUCUGCAUCUGAUUAUUGUCCAUGUAAGAGAAAUUGAAAUUAACACGAUUGAAUUAAGCUUCACUUUGAGUAAAAACUUUUAAAUUUUGGUUACCUUUAAUUUUUUUUCCCCUUUCUUGUUGGGGCUUUUUUUUUUUGGGUUGGGGGGCGGGUUUGGUAUCUGGUUGGUUCUAGGCCAAUUGUCUUUUGGGUGUAUUUGUUUUAUUCCUUUUGGUAUUAUGCUGGUAACCUUGGCAUCAAGGCUGGCAUUGGAGAUCUUGUUUUCAAUUACCAUAAUAAAUUAUAUAUCCAAGAACCUCCUUUACACAAAACUGUUUCUUGAAAUAGAUUAGAACUUGACACUGAUUUAGUUAUUUUGACAUUGCUAUUUUUCCCAUUUGAAACUGUACCAUCUGGACAGAAAGGAUUUUUGGUGGAUGUAAACAUGACCUCUGUUUAUCUCAUUCUUAUGUAAUGAGUAUCUGUAUGCAGAAGUAUUGCAAUUAUAAAAUCAGAUAAGGACACUAAGUAUGCAUUGGAUUCAAUUGUUACACUUGAUGGAGAAAAAUUGCCAUUCAGACAAAAGCUUGGUAGUGAGGCAUAUGAUAAGGCAUGCCCUAUUGAAAUUGACCUUGUACUUGAGAUGUAGUGCUGCAUCUUAGUCUGGUAUCAAUUGCCUGGGCAUAUGAUAUUUGGUUUGCAUAUACUAUCUUGCAAGAAUGCUAAACAAUGACACAUUGUUUGUGUCAACCAAUAUGGAUACUGCAUAUUUUAUGAUGAAUAUGGGACUUUUCAGAAUUUUGCAUUGGACCAUUAUGACAGUCCUAUUUUGCAGUACACCAGUAUCCUUAGUGGUUGCUAUUACCAUGAUUACAGCUAAAAGUUAUUGGUAUAGAUGAGGCACAAUUUUUUUGAAGACCUUUAUGAUUUCUGUCUUGAAGCUGCUGACUAUGAUGGCAAGGCCGUGAUUGAUGCUGGAUUGGAUGGUGACUAUCUAAGGCUUUUCUGAUGGAAAAGUAAAAGUAUCCGUUGGCUGUAGGAGUAAAAGCCAUUUACUCCUCAAAAUAUCCGACAGGCUUCACGUGCAGAGUUUCUUCUAAGCCAUUUUUUGCCCAAUUUCAUCUAGCUCCCACCGGCCAAAGAGCUCCAAGCAGAUCCAGCUGGGACGAUUUCCUGGCCAACAACAACACGCUUGAUAUGAAUUGCUUGCGAGACUGAAGGUGGUGGUGGUUUUCAUUCAGCUUGGCAAUUGCACCACUCCAGCGGCAAUUUGGAUUUGCAACACUCCAGCUGUGAUUCCGGCAAGCUCUCUGGCAGGAUUCCAGCUGCUGUCCAUACUUUAGUUGUGACGCUGUUAGCUAUUCGGUUAUGACCGCUGACAAGAGGAAGAAGCCUUCCUGCGAUUCCUCACCUGUUAGCUAUACUUCCGAUUGCUCCUCCCGUUCGUCAACUGCCUCCAACAACUACAUCGACUGCCUUUCCACCUACAUUGAGCAAAUGGCUUCCAGGAUUCAAUGGACCGAUGCAAUGGAUGAAGCUUUCCUCAUAGCAUACGUUAGCUUUAGGGAAAAUAACUGGUGGGACAAUAAGAAGUCGCUUGAGACAAACUACGACAUGUUGGCAAGCCAUUUGGUGAGUAAUGGGAUCAUGACCGUCACUGGCCAGCAAUUGCAGACCAGAUUCUAUCACAUCAAGAAAAAAUGGGACUUGUUCUGUAAUCUGCGUGGGAGAUCCUCAAAAUCUGAGACUGGGGUUGGGUGGAAUGAGGACAGCUACUGCUUCACUGCUGAUGAAGAACAUUGGCAAAACUUGGUGCAGACAAAUUCCUCGUAUGCUGAUUUCAAAAAAGAGAACUCAUGCUACUGGUAUGAUCGGCUCACACCGCUUCUUCUUGGAAGACACGCGACAGGCAGCCGUGCCCAAUCUGCAAGCGAGGUAGUACCAUCGGAACCGCCUCACCGUGAAAGAGCCAACACUUCUGCUAGUAGCCGGAAGGGAAAACGUAAAGCCUCUAGCUCGAUGUCCCCUAAUCCGGCGAGCAUGGGUGUCCAAGGGGAUGAGGGGGACGUGUACUAUGUUCCGCCAGUUCCAGGGGCUGUUGGAGGAAAACGGUCAGCCUCAAGCUUGGGGACCAGCGGUGAACCGGAGGGGACUAGAGGGUCAAAAUUGACAAGGUCAUCCACUGGACUUGAGGAUGCUAUUAGCAAAAUUGGAAAUUACUCCGAAGUUGUACUUGAGGACAGACGGAGUAGGAUGGAGUUCGAGUUCCUAUACAGUGUAAUCCAAUGCCAGGAUGUGAUCGACACAAUGGAGAUUCCGGACAACUGGAGGAUACAUGCUAACUGUCAUUAUGCCAAUAGUGACAGAGAGGAGGAACGAGUUAUUUUGCUCAGGGCUUCUGCAGCUGACCGGUAUGGCUAUAUCCUUAAGUUGAUGCAGGAGAAAGGCUUGGCUUGAGUUGUAGCUGUUGAAAACAGAGUAUAUUUGUACUAACUUAAUUAUGUGUGUUGCUGAGACUUGGAGUUGAUUUUUCUUUACUUGUUGUUGGCCUGAAGUUUGUGACUGGUCACAACUUCUCCCGUUGGGGCUGCCUGCCCAAUUUUGAUGCUUGUAACAUAGGGGUCAGCCGUCACUUUUAUUUAAUUCUAUGGUGUGUAUUUUCUUACCCCACUUUGGUGGAGUAUGCUUUGUCAGGACACUCAAAUAAGAUGACUUUUUCAUUCAUAGGAAUUAUGUCAGUAAGGAUCAUUAUACUUUUUGUUUUAUCA